AUGAAUGAAUUUAACUAUUAUUUUCAUGACAAACAAUAUUCUUUUGCUUCAACUUCAUCUCAAGCUUUAGAGAUUACAAUUCCUAAUAAAAUAAUCUCGAUGUCAAAUAUUGAUGAUUACUUUAUUUAUGAUGAUCAAAACACUUAUACUAUGACUUCAUCACAAUCACAAGUCAUUGCUACUUCUGCUUUAACUUCAUCACAACCUUAUAAAAUAAUAACUCAAUUUGAUAAUAAAUCAUAUGAAUCAGAUGAUAAUUUAUCUGAUAAUUAA